AUGACCUCAGUUUCAACACAAUUGUUCUUAGUCCUCAUUUCAUUGCUUUUGGUUCUGCUAGUUGUUGAAACACUAGGAACCGGGGACGCAAUCGCUACCUUGUUAGAUGUGGUUCUCAGCAUUGCAGGCAUUUGUGCUUGCCUUGGUGUGUAUGCAUGA